AUGCCGAUCUUCGGCUCCUCGCACAUCCAGCUGAACACGAAGCUCAUGCUCGCGCAGUCAUUAAUCCUCUCGCGUGCCCUCUACGCCGUUGCUGCCUCGAGGGGACAGCUGGAAAAAAAGGCAAGCAGCCGCUCGAGGCUCAGUACCACCGCGUCCGGCGCAGGGACCAACGGCACCAUGAGGCAUGGCAAGCAGGCGGCAGCCAGUCCCUUCGUGUCCAAGGACCCGCUCCUCCCCUGCCCCACGUACGGUAAGCAGUGCAAAGGGGCGAAGGGCUUGGCAGCUCACCAACGCCACGCCCACGGCGUCAAGAUACAGGAUAUGCUAGCAGCCGACCUGCGGAUGCUUCAGCACUCCGCGACAAGGGAGCCAGGGGCCAACUUCGCACCCGAGCUGUAUUUCCUCCGCUGGGCCGCGGGGCGGGGGCUGAAGGCGCGGCACUUGAAGGCCCAGGGGGCGGAUGGUUCCCCGCGCCGGGGAGUCUCCCGGCUCGAGUGCGGCAAGUUCAGGAUCCCGUGGCAGGCAUCCCUGGAUCUCGCGUGUGACUCCUUGUUGGGCCUCGAUUCGCUGCGGAUCUUGAAGCUGAGCAGCGCCCUCAGGAGCGAGGCCGGCGUGCGGCUCCCCCUUGCGGCGGUGCGCCGCUGCGCCACGCUCGGCGCGCUGCUCGCGGAGAUCUCGCGAGCCGCCGCGGCGAAGCCCAGCGAGGAUGCGCGCGCCGCGGGCGGCCCGCAGGACGCGGCCGCAGGCCUCCCCGACGGGCCUCCAGGCCGCGAGCGAGCCGCGUGGGGGCUCAUGUGGGAGCAGAGGUGUGCGUGGACCUUCUGCCGCGACCGCCCGCUGGCCGAGGCCACGCUGCGGGAGGCCCUGGCGGAGCUCGCGAGGCGGCACCCGGCCCUGCGCGCAGAGCUCGCGGACCCACUGGAGCUCUUCACGGCCACGCAGCAGGCGCUCGCCGCCCUCGCGAUGAGGCAGCGGCACGGCCGCGGCGGCAAACCGCACGAAGCUCGCAGGCAGGCUCCGCUCGGGGCUGUUACGGCCGCGCUGGAGCGCGGCGCGGCUAGCGCCGCGCGCUGGGGCUUCCGGCAGGCGUGGCCGCGCCUCCGCGUGCGCGCGGAGACGGGCGUGCCGCUGCGGGUGCUCCCCCCCGCGGCGACUAAGCAGGAUGCGGAGCAAACGCUCAGGUGGCAGCGUUUCCAGCCGCCGUGGCAGGCGUUCCUGGUUUCCUUCGGGGCCGGCGACUCUGAGGACGCGGAGGGCGCCCUUGUGCACAUUAUGGUCUCACACAUGCUGUCGGACGGCGCGUCCGGCAUGCCGAUCUUCGCGGACCUGGCCCAGAUCGUCGCGGCCCUGGAGGACCCGACCCGCGCGCUGCCGCCGCCCCCGCCGUGCGCUCUGGCGGCGCUCGAGGCGCGCGUGCUGCGCAUGAUUGCCGCCAGCACCACCGCCGCCAGCGACCUGACCGGCCACCAGCACGGGGAGAUCACGCACGAGCCAAUUGGCAACGCGGCUGGCUAUUGUGAACGACAGCCUGACACGACGAUCUUGACCAUUCCGCAGGACGUCACGGCCGCAUUCCGCGCCCGCGCCCGGGCCCUCACGGUCUCGGACGAGGCGAUGGUGCUGGCGCUCCUGGGCGCGGUGCUGUCGCGCUUCCUGAGGACCCCAGAGGUGUGCAUGUCGGUGGUCGUGGCCCAGCGCGACGGACCUGGCGAGAGCGAGAUGCUGGGCCUCUUCGCAGACAUCCGCAUGGUGCACCUGCGCGUGGCAGAGCUGAGCUACGCAGGCAUGGCGCUGUGGAUGCACCACGUGGUCCAGGAGCGCCUGUGGCACCCUCAGGCCAUUGCCAGUCAGUACCAGACACCCCUGGUGAACAUCGAGUGGCAGGACUUCGAGCGCCACGCUGGCUUCGCGCACCAGGUGUAUUUGAAGCAGGGCUUCGAGUGGCUGUCGCACCCGAUCAAGGUGUCCCUCGACCAGCCUGGGCCCGACAGCUUCCGCCUCCGCGUGGUGAUCGACCGCGCGCUGUACGGGGCGGAGGAGCAGGACCGCUUCACAGCGCUGCUCGAGGACCCCGAGGCCUUCGCGGCACUCCUUAUCAGCCCGCUGCAGGCCGUCUGGCCCAGCGAGCACGCCCCCGCGGCCCCGGCGUAG